GUUCGUGCGUGCGUCUGCGUGUGUGUGUGUUUGUGUUUGUACGCCUUACAGAGCUUAAACAUCCUGUCUUAUAAAGAACAAGAUACUGGAUCAAAGGCAAUCUACUACCAGUAUAUUCUGAGAAGCCACUGCCUCAGUAUUGUUGAAGACACUGGGCACUACAGGAGAAAUGGUGUCCAGGAAUGAAAAUCGCUUCGGAUAUCUUCUUCGCUAUAUAACACUAAUUUUGUUGAUGCUGCUUCUUGCCCAAGAUAGCUUGCAGGAUUGGAAGCUCGCGAAACCCAAGGCCUUUGCGAAGACUAUUGGUGGAGUAAAAACUACGUCACCGGCCAGCUCUCUUCGUGGAAACCGGUUCCCUCCUUCGUUAACAAGCAGACGAAGAAUCCCAAGGCAGACCCAAAGCACUUCACAAGCUUCAAAUCUUAUCAAACACGCGCUAAAUUACCUGCUAGAAGUUUCCACGCUGUCUCCGGGUCAAUCCGACGCAAGAUAUGCUACUGAUGGUUAUUUGUCUCAAGAGGAGGUUAACAAACGAAUUUCUCGUCUUGCGUUGCCCUCCACUAAGUCAACAAUGUUUGUUUGUAGCCACCCACCAAGUGAAUUUUCCAAGCACUACUUGGGCGAUGCAAUGACGUUGAAUUCCGUAUCCGAAUGUUCAUUAUCAAACGCGAGGUUAAUGUUUAACCCCGAUGGAGCACAUGAGUUGUGUGCUUUGAUUUAUCAUUCUCUGUAUGGUACUGAUAUAGAGGGUCAUGUAAUUGAGAGAGAUGGCAAACGUUUAUGGUUAUACUAUGCUGAAAAUGUGGUUAGACUAUGCUUGCCUCUUAUUGAAAGGUUUGACAGCUGUGAAUUUCAUAACUUGUAUACGAAGUGCAGUAACAUUUUUUUUUUACAUACAAGUACCUGUCCGGUACUCUUAUCUGAAAACCGUUAUGCUAUCAGACACGUUUUUGAAUACAUAUUUACAAGUAGGAGCGAAUGUUUGAAAAAGUUGUGUGUAGGUGAAUAUUCUCUUUUCAAAGCGGAAACUCAGGGUUUACAAUUCGUUGUAAGUUGCAUGCUAUCUACUGAUUCAGAUGAAGCCUGUGAGUUACUCGUGGGUACAAAGAACAAUUACUCGUACAAUAAUGAGCAAUGGCCUUGUUGCUACCCCUAUCAUAAUGUCCAUUGGUAUGACAGUCCAGAGAAGUAUGGGCUGAAUGGUGCCUGGAGUUUCCUGUCUCCUUGGUGUCGUGCAGCGGAGAUAGGUCUGGUAGUCAUGGUCUCAUGCGUGGCGGUGGGGAGCUCAGUGGGGAAUGCCUUGGUUGUAAUGGUUACGGUCAGCUUGUGGCGUCACAGUGACACGUCGAACAUGCUUCGCUUAAACUUGGCUUUGGCUGAUCUCUUUACUUCCAUAUUCACCAUCUGGCCAUCUCUCUACCACCAUAUAAAGCCCUUCAUAGAUUCUAUAAACUUACAAGAAAAUGUUAGACAUAUACGUGUUCGUUUAUAUAGUGAAAAGGAUCAUCACUUAUUCCAAGGAAUAGUUUUCAGUUCUUGUACGGUAGUGUCGCUGCUAACUCUUUUCCUUCUUAGCUUUGACAGAUUUGUACGAACAGGUAGAGGCUUAGUUUAUAAUCACUACAUCACUCACCGAUCAGUAAAAGUCGCCAUUAUUUUUACAUGGAUUGUUGGUAUUUCAGAUGCAUUAUUUAUGACCCAUUUCAUGCAAGAAACAGGCAACGUCCAGUGGUUACCUAUGGUAAAGUUGCCAAUCGGUUCAUCCACUUAUUUCUUAAAUGAUGCAUCAUAUAUCACAGGUGAUAUUAUUCAAAAGCUUACCAUGGUAAUAUCUAUUCCGUGUACGGCAACAUUUUCCAUUUUGUCUAUUGUCAACUUCCUACAGGAACAAAUGCGGGUUCGUGCAGAAAGACAGACACUAGAUAUGCGGAUUUUAGGCCCCUUUCACCAAGAAAACCGCCACAUCCUUAUCACCCAGCUGCUGAUGACCGUCUCCUUCAUGCUAGCCACAGUUCCCGUCGGUGUGGACUACAUCACACACAAUUUACUGUACGACUUUUUCCCUGCGAUAGGCGGUUUUGCCGGCUGCAAGAACAACAUACUUAUCACAUACCUUUCGUGGUGGUUGUUUGUGGCUAGUGCAGCUUGGAAUCCUUUUAUAUAUAAUAUGCAAAGUGCACAAUUCAGGGCGGACCUAAGAGCCACUUUGCAGAAGUUUGUGCCGCAGAGAAUAAUGGCAAUAUCUAAGAAACAAGAUGCAAACAGAAACCAAGUACUGGCUAAAAGAAGGAGAUUGCUAUCCCGUGUAGGAAUUACAGAUGGCUUGGUGGCACAUUAAAAGUGAAACCUUACUAAUUCCUGGACAGGAUUCUCCCAAGGGUCUCAGCUGUCAGGGUUUACUAACAGUACUUUAAUCAAACGGAUUUAUCGACACUGGUAAAGGUAACCAACUCUGGCUGUAAUGUUACAUUUAGCUUACAUACCUAACUUUGUAAUAUGAAGCAACAAACAUAUAACUGAAAAAGUUCCCAUCUGCUGCCGAUUUUUCUCUUUUUAGUAUUUUGUGAUAUUUGUUACUGAGAGAAGCAUAUUUCCAAGUCAGUAAAACUAUCUUUGAAUAA